AUGCCUUUGCGGACCGCGCCUUCAACGGCGCAAAAGACUGGCUGGUGGCGGAGUGGCCGCAUCAAACUGUCCGUGGGACUUGACUUGAAGGCAGUCCUAGUCGCGAUGGCCACUCGGACAGCUAAGCUGCUCACUCCCACCGUCUUCAAGCUGUUGAAGCGCGUCCUGCCGGCGACACCUUCGUCGGUUUUCCAGCGGAUGAAAGGGAAAUCUUGA